AUGACCUCUGGUGUGUGCCCUCACCGGGAUAAGGAGGAUGACUAUUCACCUUCAGUGCUUCGUGUCAAGACUCCGCAGGAAGACCAGAAGACUCUGUCUCUGACCUCAGCUAGUGCUGGCCAUGGUGGUGAGACCGGUGAUGGUGGGUCAACAAUGGGGACAUCAACAGCCUUGGAUAUGCAGGCUACCACUGAUGAGAUGCUGCUUGACAAAAUUGUGCAUAUGGUGAAGAGUGCUGGUGGGCCCAGACAGCUGAUCCACAAGACCUUCCCUAUUGCAUCUUCUCGCCCCCAGCAGAUUGCAGACCUUCUCAAGACUGCUGUGCCACUAGAACCGUCUCAGUCCUAUCUGGAUCACUUCCCAGACAGCUGCAUUGGCCAAGCUGGCCCAAUCCCAGAUGCUUCCAUCGGCUACCUGAAAGGUUGCCCGUUCAGUGAUGACAAUUUGCAGAGCAAGAAGCUUUUGGAGGGUUACAACCACAAGAGUGCCAGGACCACCAAGGGUAGCCCAUGGCAGAACCGAUUGAAAAAUAGUGCUGAAAGCUGCCUCUUGACAUUUCAAAUGGUAGCCAGCCAGUGGAAGAAAUUGAAGCCAGAUGAACGCAAGAAACCACUCAACCGGUCCCAGCUGGAAGAGAAAUCUGCAGUUUGUGCUCUGGCAUGCUCUGUUGUGGAGGAGCUGGUGCAGCAGAUCCCCAAUGUGGAGCAGCCGCUAUGGGAUAAGUUCAUCAAGCGGAUCAGGGAAGGCGAUGCAACAUUGGAGAUGAAUCUCCUCAGUGCCGUUGAGGCCAAGUCGGAUGCUUGGGUCCCAAGAGAGAACCCUUGUAUCAUGGGGAUACUCAAUGACAUUGUCCCUGACAAAGUUGGUGGUGGUGUGAAGCAGGGACAGGGCAACCAACUUGAUCUCGAUGGGGCAAAGCAGUCUUUGGAUCUAUCGGCUCUGAAACUGUUGAUUCAGGAAAUUGAAUAUGAUGAGAAGUGCAUGAAUGCAUACAGCUCUAGGAUGAUGCAAUAUCAAGUCCGUCUUGCCCACCAGAAGAAUGAAUGGAUCACCAAACGAAUCGAAAAUGCAAAGACCUCUGUGAAUCGCUGGAUGGACUCCAAGGCAUACCUUUUUGUGGCAAACUUUGCAUCGCCCUCUUUGGUGAAAUCUGAGCUGGUGACGUGCUUCCAACGGAUGACUGAAAAAGUCAACACACCGGCAGUGUAUAUCCCUGUGUACACUGACAUGGAGCACAAAGAUUGGUCAUCUGAAUUCAUGUCCCUGUUUCAGAAUGGGAAGCUCACUGUGGCUGGUUCGGAAAGGCUUCAAGAAGAUCCUCCUGCCGACCACUUGGAGGCACCACCAGAACCGCCGGCUUUGAAGAAAUGCACUUAUGGAAAGGUUGAUGGGCAGAUUGUCACCAUUGAAAUCCCGGACAGCAUUACCAAGCAGUUUGAGUCGAGGGAUGAGUGGAAACAGUUUCAUGAAGGCUUUUUGCGCCGAUUCCCUGGUGUGAAAAGCUUCAAGGGCACAGCCAAUGCCAACAAGAAGGGUGGACAUUCCCAGCCAACCGGCCCCUUGCCACCGAAGAAACGUCGGCUUGCUGAGGAUCUUUCAGGGUCCAUUGUGGAUGCAGCUCAGGUCACACCUGCCCAGGAUGACCAGUUACUUGUGGAAGUGCCCAUUGUAAAUGCACGUGCUGGCAAGAAGUUGACCACGAUGCCCUUACUUCGCAUUACCAAGAACAUGGGUCCAUACAUCUUGAAUGAAGCAGGGCAAGAUGUGACUUUGCAGUCCAGCUCCGUGAUUUGUGGCUUCGGGAAGGCCAAGUUCAAAGAGGCCCCAAAGGAUCCCCAGCAAAUUGAUCAUGACAAUGAAUUCUUAUUCGAAGUCACCGGUGACUCCUAUGGUGUCUUGGACAAUGAGUUUGGAACCAUUUCGGAGCAUUUGGACAAAGCCAAGCAAGCCAAACCCGGGAAUUGCCGAGUGUGCUACCACAAAACGUCCCAAGACCCAGAUGGCAAUUGGAUCCUUCAAAAGGAGCAUGAUGUCCUCUUUUGCCUCCAAAAGGAGGAUGAUGCAGCUAAGUGCACCCAAUCGCAAGCAGGCAAGUUUUUGGUUCCAGCAUGCGCCUGGAACACCAAAGGUGUGAGGUUGGCAUGGCAGCUGAAGUGGAGCCUCAACGGCAUUCAACCGAUGCGAGCUUUGGUGGUGGCAGUUCAAGACAUCACCAUCCCAAACCAAAAGGCAUUUAUGGUGCAGUAG